GCUCAAAAUCCAACACUAAAGUGGUUACUGCAUUAUCUGCUUUUCUUUUGUUUUUUGUUCUUUUUAAAUUUUUUUUUUUCUUGAGCUCUUUCUGACUUUCUUACUUUGCUCCAUCAUCUCCAUUUCUUCUUCUUCUGCUUUCCCAUAAUUGUCUUUCCCUUUCUUGAUGAGCUUAUCUUUCUCCAUUUAUUCUCUUUUCUAUCUACUUUCACCUAAUCCAUAAAUGGUAAAAACUAGAAUACACAAGAUUGUUAUUAUUACUAGCUAACUCUGUUUUUGCUUUCUGAUACUAUGCUUAUUACUCUCUUCACACACUCUCUCCGGAGCAAAUUCCACCAUGUGAAGCAUUAGUUAACCAGCAUCAGCAAGCUUGUUUCUUUUUAUCUCUGAUUUAGAUAGGCAAAAGUGCUUCUUCUUUCUUUACUCAGUCAUGACACCACCAAACUCCAUAUUGGAAUCUGAAAAUGAAUCAGAAAUCAGUGGCCAGGUAGCAUCAAACGUAUCUUUGCAAGAACCAUCCUCGGAUCCUUCCAAGGACGGCAACACCCCAUGUUCUUCUCUCACUGAUCUUAAUAGACUUCAACAGAGUCCAAUGCCCGUCUCCCUCAAUUUAUCACUUACCUUUAAUGCUAGUGACAUUGAGUUGAAAGGCACAGGGGAGACUAGCAGUGAAGCAGCUGCCCCAUCUCCAGCUGCUCCAACCAUGCCCCGAGUUUUCUCUUGCAACUACUGCCGACGCAAGUUCUAUAGCUCACAGGCACUUGGCGGUCAUCAAAACGCUCAUAAACGGGAGCGAACAAUGGCAAAGCGUGCAAUGCGCAUGGGAAUAUUUUCAGAUAGGUAUACUAGCUUGGCAUCUCUUCCACUUCAUGGCUCUGCAUAUCGGAACCUUGGGAUCAAAGCUCAUUCAGCUAUGCAUCAGAAUAUCAUACCAUCACAAAAGCCUCCUGAUCAUACAAGAGGCGGAGCAAAAUUUGAGCAAGGUUAUUAUGGGAUGCCAGUGUUCAUGGAAGACGAUGAUGUGGGCUUACAUUGGCCUGGAAGUUUUAGGCAGGUGGCUGGAUCAGUCGGUGGUAACAUUGAUUUACAGUAUGCUCAAAGUCCUAAUACAAAUAUUGUAGAAAUGACACCACAGCUAAGGACUGACUCCUCUUCACCAGAUCUUACACUGAAGCUAUAAUUUUUAUAUGUUUUUUUCUAUUGAAUAUCUUUAUCAUGUAGACAUGCUAUUCAUAAUAGGCUUUGCUUGUACAGUGAGAUAUGCAUCGGCAAUGGCUGCAAGCCUUAAUUUUCCAGUACAACAUUCUUCUUCUUCUUCUA